AUGGCCUACAACUGCUGCUCUGGAAACUUCUCCUCCCGCUCCCUUAGGAGCUGCCUGCCCUCCUCAAGUCCCUGCAGUGGUUCUUCCUACCCCAGCAACUUGGUCUACACCACUACCAGCUGCUCUCCCAGCACCUGCCAGCUGGACUCCUCUCUGCGCAGUGGCUGCCAGAAGACCUGCAUUGAGCCCAUAAGCUGCUCUCCUAGCACCUGUCAGCUGAGCUCCUCUCUGCGCACUGGCUGUCAGGAGACCUGCAUUGGGCCCAUCCGCUGCCAGGAGACCUGCAUUGAACCCAUCCGCUGCCAGAGGUCCUGUGUGGUGACCAGCCCUUGCCAGAAGCCCUGCUACUACCCCAGGAGCUCCACACCCUGCAGUCCCUGCCAGGGGACAUAUGCUGGCUCUCUGGGCUUUGGGUCCAGAAGCUGCAGUUCCCUGGACUAUGGUUCUAGAAGCUGCUACCCAGUGGGCUAUGGAAACAGUGGCUUUAGAUCCCUGGAUUGUGGAGUCUAUGGCUUCCCUUCCAUGAGUUAUGGGUCCAGAUUCUACUACCCAACCUACAUGGCUUCUAGUUCCUGCCAACCAUGCUACAGACCAAUCUGUGGAGCAGGCAUCUAUGGGAUCAACUGUUAA